UUCAUAUGUACUUUAGUGUCACGUGACUAUUAGGCGAAGAACGAAAACAUGGCAGCCAAUGCGAAAGCGGGCUCUUCGAAGCAAACCUCGAAGGACCAAGUGGACGACGAACUCGUUGAACUGUUGGACGACAACGCUGAAGUGGAACUCGAUGACAGCAUCACGCGCACGGCGACGUUCAAAGCGAAAACCAUCCAGGAGCUGAUGAAGUUGAACUUUGAAGACGACAAGAUAAGAAUCAGUGCCGAUGCCGUCAAGCUACUUGCAGAGCUCUUCCGUGUGCUUACAAUGGAAGCGGUACACAGAGCCUCCGGUCAAGCAAAGGUCCAGUGCGACAGUGUUGUGACGACAGAGCACCUGGAGAAAAUUCUUCCGCAGUUGGUGCUUGACUUUCCUUGAAGAUCCCACCAACACAGGUCUGCUUCCAUUCACCAUGGCCACCUUGUGUGUUAAAAAUACAGCUAAGGUUUUGAGGGCUGUUUCUGCAUUUGUUUUUGUACAAAAGUGAACAGUGUAUAUAAGUUUUUGUUGAUGGUCUGAACUACUGAAAUAAAGUCAAUUUAUUGGCAA